UGAUCCAAGCACGCAGUGCAGUAGAUGAUCACAAUGGGUCGGGAUCUCACCAAUCUGUAGUCGCAAGAUACAGAGAGCAGGGGCAUCCCCCUACUGAACUGGAUUCCGGAUUCCGGGUGCUCUUUGAUAAAUCGUUUCUUCAUUGGCUCAAUCUACUGAAACAUUGCAAUAAAGCUUCAGGGGGUUAUUUAAGAGGUCGCGGUUCGUUAUAUGGCUACCUACGAGCUGCAAAAAUUCAAUUCUCCGGAAAUGCUUGAACCGGAAUACCGCCGGAAGGAGGCCGGAUGUUUCGUUCGGGUGACCACUGGAUUUAUCCUUGUCUUCCUGGCGUUAAUUCUGGUGGCCGGAGUGGCGGCGAUUGUGUACUUUGUGCAGAAGGACAAUUUACAACCGACGAACGAUGACCCACAGGUCACAAGUGUCUCAGCGGAAAAACUCAAAAGUGAUUGCGAGGCUUUGGCGGAAUCAGGGAAACUGGACCAAAACAAAGUUUGUACUGUAUGUCCAACUCAAGCUCCUGCAACAUGUCCGACAUGGACGACCAAACUACCAAUGACGUCAUUAAGCACGUCAACGCCAUCAUCGACACCACCACCUGUGUCUGUGGACUUCCGCUUGCCAAAUGACGUCAUACCGCAGGAGUAUGAUGUGACUAUCAAACCGAAUAUGUUUAACGGAAAUCCAGAUUCAUUCUCUUUCGGAGGAAAUGUAAAAAUAAAAAUAGAAUGCAAAACACCAACGAAUAAAGUAAUUCUGCAUGGCAAUAUGCUUAAUAUUAGUAACGUUAAAUUCGGAGCAAUUGCUGAUUCGAAAAGACCACUCCCUGCACCUGAAUUCGACCCACAACGCCAGUUCCUGACCUUCCGGUUGAAUGAAUUUCUACAAACCAGCAAAACUUACGAACUCAGCAUGGACUUUCGGGGACCACUGAAGAACGACAUGAAGGGACUCUAUCUCAGUUCCUACAGCCACGGCGGCCAGACAAGAUAUUUGGCGACCACUCAGUUUCAGCCAACAGAUGCCAGGAAGGCUUUCCCUUGUUUUGACGAGCCAGGGUUCAAGGCCAACUUCUCCGUGAAAAUAAUCCGCCCGAAAGGAUGGACGUCCCUGUCCAAUAUGAAUAUACGGGAGACCAUGAGUCAUGGCUCAACAGAAGAGGAGGACGUGUACCACACUUCCCCAAAGAUGUCGACCUACCUGGUCGCCUUUGUAGUGUCGCAGUUUCAGUCACGACAAGGAACAUUCUCCAAUGGAAAACCUUACCUGGCCUGGGCCCAGCCCGCCGCCUACAACGAGACAGAGGAAGCGCUGAAUGUCGGAGUGUCCAUCAUUCAGAAGUAUGAAGACUUCUUUAACAUCGAGUUUCCUCUCCCUAAACAAGAGAUGAUAGCUAUUCCGGACUACCCCCUGGGAGCUAUGGAGAACUGGGGACUGAUCACCUACAGAGAGACGGCCAUGCUGUACAACAAAGAGAUCUCCUCCGAGGCCAGCAGACAGAGGGUCACACAAGUCAUCACUCACGAACUCUCACAUCAGUGGUUCGGUAACUUGGUGACCAUGAGAUGGUGGGAUGACCUGUGGUUAAAUGAGGGAUUUGCCACGUUUAUAGAGUACUUUGGAGCUGACCUGGUACACCCAGAGCUAAAGAUGCUGGAGAAGUUCACUGUGUCGGAGAUGUUUGAAGCCUUUGACAUGGAUGGUCUGACGACCUCUCACCCCAUCUAUGUCCCCGUGGAGAGCCCCGACCAGAUCAAUGAAAUCUUUGACCACAUCAUCUAUAACAAGGGGGGCUCGGUGAUUAGGAUGCUGCGGUUCUUUAUGGGAGAACAGACGUUCCUUAAAGGUCUCCAGGACUACCUGCAGAGCAAGAAAUACUACACUGCUUUCCAUGAUGAUCUGUUUGAUGCCCUUGAUCAGAGAGCCCAGAUAGAAGGAGUGACCUACCCUGCCAGCAUCAAGGACAUCAUGGACACCUGGAUCUCCCAGAUGAACUACCCAGUUGUCAAGGUUACCAAGAGUUCAGCAGGAGCGGUUCAUGUACAACAAAAGCGUUUCCUUGUCAACGACGCCUCCUCUGACCCGGGAAAGUUUGUCUCAAAGUUCAACUACCAGUGGAAGAUUCCCUUCACCUUUAAGACCAGUAAAGAUGUGGACUUUAAUGUUACAAAUUCUGAUGUACACUGGAUCAUGUCACCAGAACUGGAUAUCCAAGGCAGCAUGUAUCCUAGCAACCAGGGAGAUUGGAUUCUGGGUAAUGUCCAGCAGUACGGGUUCUAUCGUGUGAACUAUGACACAGACAACUGGAGGGCACUGAUGACACAGCUUAAACAGCAACACACGAGGAUUCCCAUGCUCAACAGGGCACAGUUAAUCAAUGAUGCGUGGAAUUUGAUGAAGGCGGGGGAGCUGUCGGUGGGCGUCGCCCUGCCCAGUUUGGAGUACCUGGACACCGAGUCCGACUAUGUCCCCUGGGUGUCCGCCAUGAAUGAGGUCGGAUACCUUUCUGACAUGCUCGGAGAGACCGAGGCUUACGGAGACUUCCAGAUGUUCAUGAAGGAGAAGUUGAGUAAACUCUUCAAGAAGUUGACACUGGACGACUCCAAUUCCACUCACAUUGAAACCUUGUUGCGUUCACUGGUGGGCCGUGCUGCCUGCGGUUACGGUAUAUCCUCGUGUGUGACGGAGGCCAGCAGGCUGUUCUCUGCCUGGAUGGAAGACCCACAGAGAAACAGGAUUGAUCCGGACAUUAAGAAUGUGGUGUACUGUACAGGGAUCAGAGAGGGGGGACAGAGUGAGUGGGAGUUUGCCUAUAACCAAUACAAGAUGACCACCGUGGCCUCGGAGAAGUCCCUCCUCCUGUCUGCACUCUCCUGCUCCUCCCAAACUUGGCUCCUAAGUCACUACCUAAAACUGUCCUUGGAUCCAAAUGAAAUUCGCAGUCAAGAUGUCACCAAUGUCAUCAUUUAUGUGUCAAGGAAUUCGGUUGGUCGAUACAUAGCAUGGGAGUUUAUGCAAGAGAACUGGGAGACUUUAAGACAAAAAUUUGGCAGUGGGUUUUUUAAGUUUGCCCAGUUGAUUAAAGGUGUCACAGAAUCGUUUAAUACUGGCCAUCAACUGAGACAGUUGGAGGACUUUGUCCGUACCCAUCCGGACUUGGGAACUGGUCAGAGGGCUUUCCAGGAAGCUAUAGAGAACACCAAAGCCAACAAAGCAUGGAUGGAAACAAACUACGCCACAAUCAAAACAUGGCUCGAAAAAAUGACGUCUGGUUCCUCAGUCCAAAAACUGACGGACGUCAGACUGCCUCGUUCCAACAUACCGACUCUGUAUGACAUCUACUUGAAGCCUGACAUUUAUUCAGGUGACCCAACUCAAUUCAAAUUCUACGGUAGAAUCAGGAUCAGUUUUGAGUGUGUUGGACCUACGACGAAUAUCACCAUGCAUAAGAACAAGCUUAUGGUCAGUGACAUUCAGGUGUUCAAUCAGAACGCAGGAUCCUCCGCCCCGAGGGUGGCGGGUCAGUCGGAGGACAAGGAUCGACAGUUCCUCAUCAUUCACCUGGACGGGUCCCUACAGAGGGGACAGAACUACACCGUGGCCAUGAACUUUGUGGGCGAGCUGACGGACGAUUUAACAGGGCUCUAUCUCAGCUCCUACAUGAGGGACGACCAAAAAGUAUACAUGGCUACAACUCAGAUGGAGCCUACAGAUGCCAGAAAAGCCUUCCCCUGUUUCGAUGAACCAGACUUGAAGGCCCGCUUCAAGCUCACACUGGCUCGCAAACCAGAUAAAAUCUCGCUGUCAAAUAUGCCCAUCAUAGAGCACAGGAACAGCAGUGACGGGUUUGUGGAGGAUGUGUACCAGGUGUCAGAGAAGAUGUCCACUUACCUGGUCUGUAUCAUCGUCUGUGACUUUGUGUCCAGGACAGGCACCACCAAAAACAACAUCAAGUAUUCAGCCUGGUCCACUCCGGAGGCCUACAACCAGACAGUGCUAGCCCUGGAUGUUGGCAUGACAACCAUUACAUAUUAUGAGGAGUUCUUUGGCAUUGCAUUCCCACUUCCAAAACAAGACAUGAUCGCUAUCCCAGACUUUGCUGCGGGGGCGAUGGAGAACUGGGGACUGAUCACCUACAGAGAGACGGCCAUGUUGUAUCAGCCGGGCGUCUCCUCGGAGACCAAUAAGCAGAGAGUGGUGACCGUCAUCACACAUGAACUGGCCCACCAGUGGUUUGGUGAUCUGGUGACAAUGGAAUGGUGGGACGACCUUUGGCUGAAUGAGGGAUUUGCCACGUUUGUUGAAUACCUUGGAGCCGACAAUAAAUACCCAGAAUGGAAAAUGUUUGAGCAGUUUACGGUGGCAGAGGUUCAGGCAGCUUUCGGAUUCGAUGGCCUGGUUUCUUCACAUCCGAUCUAUGCCCCAGUCUACAACCCCGCAGAAAUCAAUGAAAUUUUUGACACCAUCUCUUAUUCCAAGGGUGGCAGCAUCAUCAGAAUGAUGCAGUGGUUCUUGGGCGAUAACACUUUUAAAAAUGGACUAAAACGUUACCUUGACAACAGGAAGUAUGGGAAUGCCGCUCACAAUGAUCUUUGGAAUGCCAUGUCUCAGCAAGCUGUCCAGGACGGCGGGGGUAGAGUGACCGAUGUAAAACAGGUGAUGGACACCUGGACCCUACAGAUGAACUAUCCUGUCGUCAUGGUAACAGUCAUCAAUGGACAGGUCAGAGUUCAACAGAAGCGGUUCCUGCAGAACCCCACUGCGCGGGACCCAAUGAAGUACACAUCUCCUUUUGGGUACUUGUGGCAGAUUCCAUUUACUUACACGACCAAAACACAAGCAAAUUUCAACCAGAACUGGGCGAACGCUCACUGGUUCAACACCUCCCAGAAAGAUUUACCACGGCAAGGUGUGAUGGAUGCCAAUGACUGGAUUAUUGGAAACGUUCAACAGUACGGUUACUACAGGGUCAACUAUGAUAAAAGCAACUGGCUCAAACUGGUUCAACAGCUCAAAACAGAUCAUGCCAGUAUUCAUGUAAUUAACAGAGGACAAUUAAUUAAUGAUGCCUGGGCAUUGGCCAAAUCUGGAGAUGCUGAUAUGGAGGUCGCCUUAAAGAUGGUGGAGUACCUGGGAUCAGAAAUGGAUUAUGUCCCUUGGUAUGCGGCAAGACAUGAGCUCUCUUAUGUACAGAAAAUGUUGACAAGAAGCAACCUGUAUGGAAAAUUUAAGAACUUCAUGCAAACUCUGAUCCAGAAACCAUAUGACAAGCUGGGAAUGGACAACACUGGCUCAGGACAUCUGGAAAUUUAUACCCGGUCACUGCUGGUGGGAGAGGCGUGCUCCUAUGACAUCGAGAGCUGUAUGUCUGGGGCCCUCAGAAUGUACCAGGACUGGAUGGACGACCCCAUAAACAAGAGAGUGGAUCCUGAUCUGAAGUCAGCUGUGUACUGUACAGCCAUUGCAGAGGGAGGGGAGGCCGAGUGGAACUUUGCGUACCAACAAUACAAAGAGACAAAUGUAGCCGCAGAACGUAGAACUCUAAUGGCUGCCAUGGCCUGUACAAAGCAAACCUGGAUACUCAGCAAAUACCUUAGCAUGUCCCUUGAUUCCUCAGAAGUCCGACGACAGGAUGGGACUUACGUCAUCAUCUAUGUGUCGCGGAACUCAAUUGGGCGAGAUUUAGCCUGGAAUUUUGUGAAAGCUAACUUUGACCAGCUUUUGGAGAUGUAUGGGACAUCCGCCUUUGCCUUGAAGAAUCUUCUGAAUGGAGUCCUGGAUUCCUUUAACACAGAGCAAGAUCUUCAACAGUUGAGAGAUUUCAAGCAGAAGUACCCAGACAUGGGUUCUGGAACUCGCGCCUUUGAUCAGGUGAUGGAGAAGACGGUAGCAAACAUUGAAUGGAUGACCAAAUACUACAGCAUCAUUGAGAAAUGGCUGGAUGACAAUAUAGCUGCAUCCUCGGGUGGAAGUUCUCUCAAAGAUGUCCGACUGCCGCGAUCUGUUCUUCCUGAGCUAUACACCCUGGAGCUGUUCCCAGAUAUAUAUCAAUCCAGUCCCGAAAACUUUACUUUCUCAGGAGACGUUAAAAUCUUGGUCAAUGUUGUGAACGACACAAACAAUAUCACUCUCCACAUCAAUAAACUCACCGUUGACCCAAACAGUGUCCGAGUCAUGAAAGCGAGGGACUUUCGUAUUGUUCAGACCCAGGGUAUGAAGGAGGAUAAAGGGAGACAGUUCCUGAUUAUUUUCUUAAAUCAGCCAUUACAGAGGGGAGAGAAGUACGAGGUGUCAAUGAGUUUCGUCGGCCCACUGACUGACGACUUGGCUGGUCUCUACUACAGCGCCUACAAACGGGGCGACCAGCCUGUAUACCUGGCCACAACACAGAUGGAGCCAGUAGAUGCUAGGAAAUCCUUCCCUUGCUUUGAUGAACCUGACAUGAAGGCAAAGUUCAAGGUCACACUCUUGCGUAGACCCGAGAAAAUUUCCUUGUCCAACAUGAGGAUAGAAAGAACGGAAUCCAGAUCUAACGGUUUACUGGCUGAUGUCUAUGAGGAGUCGGUGCCCAUGUCUACCUAUCUGGCCUGCUUCAUUGUGUGCGACUUCCAGAACAUCUCCAAGGCAACGCCUAAUGGAAUAAUGUAUGGGGCGUGGUCUAGACCUGAGGCGAUACAUCAGGCGGAGUUUGCACUAGACGUAGGUGUGGACACCAUCACGUUCUAUGAGGAAUACUUCAACAUCUCAUUCCCUCUCAAGAAACAAGACAUGAUUGCUAUCCCUGACUUUGCUGCUGGAGCGAUGGAGAAUUGGGGCCUGAUCACCUACAGAGAGACAGCCAUGUUGUACGAUCCCGUGAUGUCAUCAGAAAGCAACAAACAGCGAGUUGUUGUUGUCAUAACGCAUGAGCUUGCUCACCAGUGGUUUGGUGAUCUGGUCACUAUGGGCUGGUGGGACGACCUGUGGCUGAAUGAGGGAUUCGCUUCAUUCGUUGAAUAUCUAGGAGCAGAUCAUAAAUUCCCUGAAUGGAAGAUGUUUGAUCAGUUUGUGACAGAGGAUCUACAGGUGGCGUUUGAGUUUGACGGACUCGUCUCGUCUCACCCCAUCUACGUACCGGUCGCCAAUCCAGAUGAGAUCAAUGAGAUUUUUGACAAGAUCUCUUACUCCAAGGGAGGCAGUGUGAUCCGUAUGAUGAGGUUUUACCUGGGAGAGGACACGUUCAGGGCUGGAUUAACGGAUUAUUUGAAUAGUAAGAGAUAUGGAAACUCUUUUCACGAUGACUUGUGGAACUCGAUGACAAAGCUGUCAAAAAUAAAUGGGCACCCAGUGGAUGUGAAGGCUGUCAUGGAUACCUGGACCCUCCAGAUGAACUACCCUGUCGUCACGGUGACCAGACUUGACGACGGUGGCCUCCGGGUCACACAGAAGCGCUUCCUUAGCAACCCCCAGGCCCAGGACCCACUCAAGUUCACCUCACAGUUUGGAUAUAAAUGGAUCAUCCCCUUCACGUACACCACGGAAGCCACAAAGCGGUUCAAUCAGACCUACCGAGACAUGGUGUGGUUCACUACUUCUACCCAAGAUAUUCCAGCUAAUGUGGAAGCAUCGGACUGGAUUCUUGGAAAUGUCCAGGUGUUAGGUUACUAUAGGAUGAACUAUGACCUGGACAAUUGGAACAAGCUGAUUGGUCAAUUAAAGGCCAACCAUGAGGCUAUUUACACCACAAACCGAGCUCAACUCAUCAACGAUGCCUGGGCCCUAGCCAAAGCUGGAGAGCUUCCCAUGGAAAUAGCCCUACAGACAAUGGAGUAUCUUGGGUCAGAGAUGGAUUAUGUCCCCUGGCAGGCAGCACAGACCGAGUUGUCCUAUGUACGCAAGAUGCUGGUCCGCACCUCGCUCUACGGAAAAUACAAGAACUUCAUGUCCUCUCUGCUGAAGAAGCCGUUUGACAAGCUUGGUCUGGACAACACAAAAUCCAGUCACCUUGACAUCUACACGCGGUCUAACGUGGCAGACUUGGCCUGCACCUAUGACGUCCCUGGAUGUCAGGAUCAGGUGAAGACCAUCUUUGACAAAUGGAUGUCCAACCCCAGCGUUAACCUAGUGGACGCUAACCUGAAGACAAUGGUGUACUGUACGGGGGUGGAGACCGGGGGGGAGGCAGAGUGGGAGUUUGUCCUCCAGCAAUACAAGGAAUCCACGCUGGCCGCUGAGAGCAACCGACUCCUCUACGCUCUCUCCUGCUCCAAACAAACAUGGCUGCUCAGCAGAUAUCUGGAGGUGGCGUUGGACACUAGUGUGGUACGUAAACAGGACGCCUCUAGCGUGAUCAUCUACAUCUCUCAGAACACCGUCGGCAGGGACCUGGUCUGGAGCUUCGUACGCCAGAACUUUGACAGGCUCAGAAGAGACUAUGGUGGAGGAUCGUUUUCAUUCUCAAGACUUAUACUGGGAAUCACCGAGUCAUUUAAUACUGAUGUAGAACUACAGCAGUUGAGAAACUUCAUCAAAGGCAAGGACUUUGGGUCUGCAACAAGGGCAGCACAGCAGGCUAUCGAGAAAACACAGGCCAACAUAGAGUGGAUGGAAAAGAACGUCCCUAUCAUCAGGAGAUGGCUGGACCGUACCACCCCCACCCCCCAGGUCAACAGGAACGUGCGUCUGCCCCGUUCCGUCCUACCGGAGCUGUACACGCUCGAGCUCUUCCCUGACCUGUACAAAGCCGACCCCAAGGACUUCACCUUCUCCGGCAGUCUGACAAUCCUUGUGAACUGUACAGGGAGCACUAGGAACAUUACACUACACAGUAAUAAGAUCACCAUAGAUACCGCCUCCGUGGAAGUGAGAGGGGUCAAUGGUGGCGGUAACUUGUUCAGUUCGCUUUCCCGCCAGGAGGAGCUCAUGUUCUCCAUCUUCCAUUUGAACUCUGACCUGACCCCAGGGCAACAGUAUGAACUGAAGAUGAACUUUACUGGUCCCCUGAAAGAUGACUUGGCUGGUCUCUAUUACAGUACCUACACCAGUAAUAACGAAACCAAAUACCUGGCCACAACACAGAUGGAGCCAGUAGAUGCUAGGAAAUCCUUCCCCUGCUUUGAUGAACCUGACAUGAAGGCAAUGUUCAAGGUCACACUUGUCCGACGUAAUGAUUACAAGUCUCUGUCCAACAUGGAAAUCAAGGAUUUCUCACCAAGGGGUGGUGACUUGGUGGCAGAUGAGUACUAUGUGACGCCCCGUAUGUCCACCUAUCUGCUCGCAUUCAUUGUGUGCCAGUUUGAUAGUACAUCCACUGUCACAAAGAACGGCAUCAAGUACAGUGCCUGGUCGCUGCCUGAGGCGGUCAAUGACACAGAGUUUGGACUGAUGGUCGGCAACAAGACUAUCACAUACUAUGAGGAGUACUUCAACAUCUCUUUCCCUCUGAAAAAACAAGACAUGAUUGCUAUCCCAGACUUCUCGGCAGGAGCGAUGGAGAAUUGGGGCCUGAUCACCUACAGAGAGACAGCCAUGUUGUUUAAACCGGGCGUGUCAUCGGAGGGAAACAGACAGAGAGUAACCACGGUCAUCACUCACGAACUCGCCCAUCAGUGGUUUGGUAAUCUGGUCACAAUGAAAUGGUGGGACGACCUCUGGCUGAACGAGGGAUUUGCCACAUUUGUGGAGUGUAUGGGAGCGGAUCAUUUGUUCCCUGAGUGGAAAAUGUGGGACCAGUUUGUCCUUGAUGAGCUAUAUGGUACAUUCAGCAUCGACGCCUUCGUGACAUCCCAUCCAAUCUACGUUCCAGUCAAAACAGUGGCUGAGAUGGAGUCUGUAUUCGAUACCAUAUCAUACUCCAAGGGUGGAAGCAUCAUCAGAAUGAUGAGGUUUUUCUUGGGAGAGGAGAACUUUAGAAAAGGACUUUAUUUGUAUCUAGAGAGCAGGAAGUAUGGCAAUGCUUUCCAUGACGACCUGUGGGACGCUAUGGACAGUGUGGUGGUACAGAAGAACUUGAACUAUCCAGCGUCCAUCAAAGAAAUCAUGCACACCUGGAUCCUCCAGAUGAACUAUCCAGUUGUCACAGUAACCAUUCCACAAAAUGGCGUUGUCAGGGCAACACAGCAGCGGUUCCUUAGGAAUCCAGAAGCAAAAGACCCACUGGUUUACAUUUCCCCAUUUGGCUAUAAAUGGUGGGUACCUUUAACUUACACAACUGGUACAGACAACAACUUCAAUAAAGACAGGGCAGAUGUCAAAUGGUUCAACACCACCAGUAAAGAUUUUGGGGACCAGUCUGUGAGAACGUCUGAUUGGAUAAUUGCCAACACUAACCAGUACGGUGUGUACCGAGUCAACUACACGCAGGACAACUGGAACAAGCUUAUAAACCAACUCAAACAGAAUCACAGUGUAAUUUCGACCAUCAAUCGAGCACAGAUAAUCAAUGAUGCUUGGAGCUUUGCUAGGUCUAACCAGUUACAUAUGGAUAUAGCCCUCCAGACUGUAGACUACCUGUCCAAUGAGAAAGACUACAUACCACGAGUGGCGGCCGAUGAACAGCUGGCCUACAUAGAGAGUAUGCUCUCCUUGACCCAACAUUAUGGCACUUUCCAGAAUAAGAUGCAGCGUUUGGUGAGGAGCAUCUAUAAUGAGAUUGGUUUGAAUAACACUAGAGCUACACAUUUACAGUCAUACAUGAGGUCCCACGUAGCGGGUACUGCCUGCUCCUAUGAUAUCCCAGAAUGCCUUACUGCGGCGGUACAGCAGUUUUCCGACUGGAUGAAGAACCCAGGAAAUAACAGAAUUGACCCUGGUUUGAAGUACACUGUGUACUGUGCAGCCAUCAAACAGGGAGGACAGAGGGAGUGGGACUUUGCCUACAACCAAUACAAGACUUCCCAGGUGGCCUCUGAGCGGGCCAAACUGCUGGGCGCCCUCUCCUGUACGAAGGUCCCAUGGCUGCUUAAAAGAUUCCUGGAGUAUGCCGUGACUGAUGGAGAGGUCCGGAAGCAGGACGGAACCAGUGUUAUCUCCUCAGUUGGGAGGAAUGUGAUUGGUCGACCCAUCGCCUGGAACUUUGUCCGCUCACGCUGGAACUACAUCAUGAAAGAGUACAGUGAGGGUCAGUGGAAUGCUGGGGGAUUUAUCAAAAGUAUUUCUGGAGCCUUCAACAAUGACUACCAGCUUCAACAGCUACUUGAUUUUGGUAAAGUCCACCGAUCUGAUCUGGGUCGUGCUGUGAGAUCUUAUGAACAAGCUGUAGAGGCCGUGCAAGCAAACAUUCAGUGGAUGCAGAAAAAUCUUAACAUUGUCAUCAAUUGGUUAAAUCAAAAUGCAUAACAUUCAUGUUUGUGUGUGUUUUUUUUCUUCAAAUUUAUUGAACAUAUAGUCUGUGUGAGGUCAUUAAUCAGAUUCAUAGGUUAAUAAAUAUUGAUAUAUGUAUUUAGAUUGCAGAAAUAUAUGUAUGAAAAGAAUAUCCUGGGUAAAUGUGUAUUGUUAGCUGAAAGAAAUAUGGCUUGAAAUUUACUAUAAAAUAAUACGUGCACUGACAGCAUUAUUCAUUU